AUGCCCGAGGCUGUCGCGGUCCCCUCCGCCACUCAGCCCGGCAAGCAGGCUACCAAUGGCACCUCCGCUGGCGGCCUGCCCGUGGUCGACACCAUCCCGGACCUCGACAGCUUCCCGCCGACGGGGACGCCCAUCCACGACAAGCUCGCAUCCUGGGACUUUUACCGGUCCAUGGGCUCGCCCAGGCGCGUCGUGGCGCCCAUGGUCGACCAGUCCGAGCUGCCCUGGCGCAUCCUCAGCAGGCGCUACGGCAGCGACCUGGUCUACACGCCCAUGAUCAACGCGCGCCUCUUUGUCGACGAGGCGAGCAAGAAGAGCAGGUCAAAGUACCAGGAGGUCAACUUUAACCGCAGCUGCGGCGAAGAGGGCGCAGAGGUCAUCGACCUCGCCAACGGCAGCGAACAAGACCGGGGCGAGGGCAGCUCCACCGACACCGACCGCCCCCUGCUCGUCCAGUUCUGCGCCAACGACCCGCAGACGCUUCUCAAGGCCGCCGAGGUCGUCCAGGACCGCUGCAAUGGCGUCGACCUCAACCUCGGCUGCCCGCAGCACAUUGCGCGGCGCGGCCACUACGGCUCCUUCCUCAUGGAGGACUGGCCGCUGAUUUUUUCGCUGAUCAACAUCCUGCACAUCAACCUCAAGGUGCCCGUCACGGCCAAGAUGCGCGUCUACGACAGCGUCGAAAAGACGAUCGCCUACGCGCGCAUGCUCGAGCGCGCGGGGGCGCAGAUCAUCACCGUCCACGGCCGCACCCGCGAGAUGAAGGGCCACAAGACCGGCCUUGCCGACUGGCAAAAGAUCCGCGCCGUCAAGCAGGCCGUCAAGGUGCCCGUCUUUGCCAACGGCAACAUCCUCUACCCUCGCGACUGGCACGACGCCAUCGAGACGACCACCGCCGACGGCGUCAUGAGCGCCGAGGGCAACCUCUACAAUCCGGCCAUCUUUGCCGACCCGAUGCCCGCAGAGGCCACGCCCAUGUUCCCCAUGGCGCCGGCUCUGCCCUUUCCCAGCAUCACGGCCAUGGCCAACGAGUACCUCGACAUUGUCGCUGCGCUGCGCACCCCGACGGCCGGCAGCGCCAUCAAGGCGCACUUCUUCCGCCUCUGCCGGCCCGCGCUCGAGGUGCACCGCGACCUGCGCGAGAUGCUGGGCAAGUCGCGCUUCGAUCCGUCCAAGGCCGGCGAGGCGCGCAUCGAGAGCUACCGCGCCUUUAUCGCCGAGCUGGAGCGCCGGCUCAAGGUCGACCGCGAGAGCGGCAAGUACGACCAGCCGCUCGAGACGCCGCUGCCGGGCAGCGUGUCGUUCCUCGCGCCGCCGCCGGUCUCGGCCGACGGCAAAGAGGUCGAGGACGCGCACAGGCCACGGUACAUCCCACACUGGCUGGCGCAGCCGUACUUCCGACCGCCGCUGCCGGUCCAGGAAGGCGAGGCGGGCGACGAGUCGAGGAAAGCGCGCAAGGAGAGGGUCAAGGAGACCAAGGGCCUGACGGAGAUCCGAGACAUCCAGACCGAAGGCGAGGAGAAGCUCGAGAAGCAGGAGAUGGAUCUGGCCAAGGCGGAGAAGGAGCAGGGACAGGGGCAGGACCAGGGCCGGGACCAGGCUGCAACAGCGAGCCGACCGAGAUCAGAAAAUGGCGACGCAGCAGCAGCAGCGACGACCGCAGACGGCGCGGCACGUCCAGAAAAGAAGGCGCGGGUGGAUUAA